GUUGCAGUGAGAGUUCCUCCUCCUCCGGUAGAUCGUGCAGAGCUACCUGUGUGGCCCCCACAUGGAGGACAGAGGACAGGGAUUCGUUUGAGGCAGGAGCCCACUUCACGAACGACUGCGUUUUUUCCGACAUGCUUACUUUACACUUUAACGCAACACAAGGUAGGAGGACAUAAGUUGCCGUGCGUAACAGGAGGAGGAGGAGGCGGAGGAGGAGUUCGGGGCUCUUGUGUUGAUAGUCGGGAUAAAACAUGACAGUCCUGUUAAUGGCAACCUGGAGCAAAAUUUGAGCCAAGCUGACAAAGAUGGUGACUCCGUCCAUCUCUGUCUCCCUCUUCUCUAGACGGUGCAUGUGCCAACUUCUUGUUUCUGUGAAUAUGCCUUUGUGAGAAACAUCUCUGGCUCGGGAUUCCCCGCAAUAUUUUCAACAAGAGACGAGAGACAGAGGUGGGAAAAAUGGACAAAGAAAGUGCUGGCACUCAGUAUGAGCCCGUGGCUGAGAUCGGAGAAGGCGCUUAUGGGAAAGUGUACAAGGCGAGAGACCUGAAGAACGGGGGACGAUUUGUAGCCCUGAAAAGAGUUCGCGUCCAGACGGAAGAAGAAGGUAUGCCUCUCUCUACCAUCCGGGAGGUGGCGGUACUGAGGCAGCUUGAAGCCUUCGAGCACCCCAAUGUUGUCAGGCUGUUUGAUGUGUGUACUGUUUCUCGGACUGACCGUGAAACCAAACUCACUCUGGUGUUUGAGCACGUGGAUCAGGACCUGACCACUUACUUGGAGAAAGCCCCGGAUCCUGGAGUACCACCUGAAACCAUCAAGGAUAUGAUGUACCAGCUGCUCCAGGGUCUGGACUUUCUGCAUUCACACCGUGUGGUUCAUCGUGACCUGAAGCCCCAGAACAUCCUGGUCACCAGCGGAGGACAAAUUAAACUGGCUGACUUCGGUCUUGCCCGUAUCUACAGUUUUCAGAUGGCGCUCACCUCUGUAGUGGUGACACUAUGGUACCGAGCUCCUGAGGUGCUGCUUCAGUCCAGUUAUGCCACACCAGUUGAUCUGUGGAGUGUGGGCUGCAUCUUUGCCGAGAUGUUCAGGAGAAGACCGCUGUUUCGAGGAAACUCAGAUGUUGAUCAGCUUGGAAAGAUUUUUGAUGUUGUUGGGGUACCUUCAGCAGAGGACUGGCCCCAGGAGGUUGCCCUACCACAGAGUGCCUUUACCCCCCGGCCCCCUAAACCAAUCGAGGACUUUGUUCCAGACAUGGAUGAGCAGGGAAGGGCCCUUUUAUUGCAAUUUCUUGCCUUCAACCCUUCCAGGAGGAUAUCAGCCUUUGCUGCGCUGAGCCACCCUUACUUUCACAGUGUGGACAGCCACAGUAGAAGUGUGUACGCAGCUCAACCCAUCCCCAGCAACAAGCCCACCCUGGAGGAAAGAAUUGCCUGACACUCCUUCUUCACCCUUACUCACCCCAUACAGUAUCAAUAGCAAAGGUCCAGCCCUUAGAUUUUUUUUCUAUGAGUUAUAUGUAAAAUUACAUCACAGUGGAACAAUUGUCUUUUUGACAAAACCCAACAACAAAAAUAAACUUAAAUGCCCUAUUAAAAAGAAGUAUCUUUAAGUAUAGCUGAGUACAUGCAUAAAGCACAAAGCAAUAUAUAGUCACUGUGCAAGUAUUCACCUCCUACAAACAAAUAGUGGACUUUAAUGAAGGUACCUUUGGGACAAAUUAGUCAGCUCCAUGUGAGUAGGUUUCUAACUGCUUUGCACUUGGAGAAAGUUUUAUCUAAAUGCAUUCAUGGCUUAUUGUGAAGUACCAUAAUUGUCAAGUCUUGCCACAGAUCUUCUAGUAGAUUGAGGUCUGGACUGUGACAUAACCCCUCAACUAUAUUAAAAUUGCUGCUUUGAGGUUGUUCCUCUCUGCCUUCGGCUUACAUUUGGGAUUGUUAACUUGCUGAAAAAUCAAAACCUUGGAAGAUGCAGUGCUCCUGCAAACUGCCAUUGAGGCCACAUAACUGGCCUUGCUUAUUGGUGUCCAUCUCAGAAAUCACAUUUUUAGAUGCUCUGUACAUAAUCAGAUUCAUGGCUGUGCCAUUUUUCUAUUUAGAGACCGGCAUUACUGUGCACCACAUUGAGUACCUUCAGUUUUUUUUUUUUAUUUCCUUUCUCCUUUUUGUGAUACACCUUUUAUAGGAUCUCAAUAAACCAGCUUUUGGUCCCUGCAGGUACAGGAAGCUUAUUUUCCGAAGUGUAUGUCACAUCAGAGUCUAAGUUGAACUUGUCAUAAAAUGCCUGCAGACGGGGGGGGAACCAAAAUAAAAGUCCCGGCGGCAUAUGUUGUAUCUUUUUUCUGUAUUAUCAGCUUUUUGAGUUUUUUGUGCAUUGUUGUACUGUACUUUUAUUAUUGCCAUUUCUUACUUUAUUGUUGGAGUUUAUUUUGUUUAGUGCUUUGAUUCCUGGGAAAACCCCAUAUAGUUAUUAUUAAUAACGAACAUGUGGUUUUGUUGUUAUUUUUUUAUUUUUGGUAUGGACAUUGCACCGGAGUGUAAGUCGCAGGACUUCUCAAACUAAAGAAAAAAGAAAAAGUGACUUAUAUGCCGGAAAAUACACUAUUUAAUUUUAAAUCACUUCUCAUACAAAGCCUAUUUCCACUUUUUUUAAAGAGCUGAUGAUUAAAGUGUUUCGUACUGAAGGAGGUGAAUACUUAAGCUAUCAGUUACGAUACUUUGUGUUUUAUAUUUACUUCUGCCAAGGCGGUUCUGUGUCUGGUACAGUUUGACUCUGUUUGGAUUUUAAUCACUUUUGGUGGAGAGGUAGGUCUUCAGUCAAGGAAGAGUUUGUUAGUUUUUGAAAUGAUCGAACUGUGGAUCCAGGAUCAUUUAUUAAUACUUUUAAUCUGCUUUGCCCCAUGGCGGACAUAGGGCAUCUACAGUGGGUCUCCAUCAUUUAAAUACUGAUAUAAUAAUUAUAUAAAGUCGUCUUCUUUGUUUUAUUUGUAGUUUAGUGAAUCAGUACCUCCAGUGGCACUUCAGUUAAUGGGGUCAUAUUAUAGACCUUUUCUGCAAGUUCAGGUUUGUCUUAAAAAGACCUGUGUCUGGGCCUGUACCUUUAAAUGGAAAGAAGCUGGUAUUUGCCAUGCCCACGUCUCUCUUUGGAGAGUAGGCAUCUUCCCAUGUUUCCCACAGACCAUGUGUGUGUCAGGCAUGUGUGACAUAUGUCACAGAAGUCUCAAAUGUGUUAUAUCACAACUAAGGGGUAGCUGUACGCAUGGAAACUGAAAUGUGGAUCUGUGAAGAUAUUUAAUGUGAAACCUCAAAUAUAUUUAACUAGGAAAUAUAGAUUAAAGCCCCUUUUUUUUUUUUUUUUUUUGCAAUAUGACCCCAUUUAAAGACAAAUGGAAAACUUGGUUCUUGGCAGAGGUAUGAGUGAGGCUUGAGUAUUCUUAGAAAAAUUUAAAACAAUUUGUGGAUAUGUUUUCACUUUGGGCAUUGAAGACGCUGUUAAUCAGGGAGAGACGUUUAAUCCAUUGUGAUUUAAACAUGUAAGAACAAGACAGGCAUGAAUACUUUUAUGCUGUGUGAACAAAGGCCUACAAGAGUAGGAGGAGAAAAAUGUUUAAGUUGACACAUAACCCCCGUCCCCCCAACACACACACACACCCCAUGCACAAAAGCUAUCUUCCAUCUAUGAACUGAUGGGCUGUAAUUGCUGCUUAUAGGUUAAUCCUUGAAAAUUGCAACAAUGCAAAGAGAUGUGCAUCUUAGACUGACUGAUGGCAGUGGAUGGACAGAAUAUGGAGGCCAUGAAGUGGACACCUCUUUAGGACCAGCAUUUAACUCUGCUGCCAGAUUCUUCUUGAGUAUUGAACCAGCCAUGCAGGACCCAGAGUAGACAGCGUGCAUCUCGCCUGCAUUUGCGCUUACACAUGCAGAUAUGCAGCACAACUGAACAGACAAGUGGAAUACCCACCUGCUGCGUGCUCUUAACACAAGCACUUGUGUGCACGCAUGCUUAUGGCGCAAUCACCCUGCUAAACACUUCCAUGUUCUAUUGUUCCAGUUUUUCAGACUUGUUUUAUUACUGCCACCUUCAGGAUGACAAGAGGAACUGAAGAAUUGUUGAAAACCGACAGAAGACGCUUCCUAUCAAUCACUUGGUUUAUCACUUUGCUUUUCAGCAGCUCUUGAGGGCUUUGAUUGUUGUACUCAUAAUUUCUGUUAUAAUAAUGCACAUGCAGGCUUGAAGUAGGUGGACAUUAUUGCUGUCAUUAAUAAGAUUCAGCAUGAGUGUGUCUGAAAAUAUUUGUUACAUCAAAAUUUCAGUGGCAAGUCGUGUAUGCUUGUUUUGAUCAGGUUCCUUUUUUAACACAGUGUGGCAUACAGUAUUCUUGUGCUGAUUACACUAACUCUUUAGGUAACUAUAGAUUUUGUGUAACUGGGUAGUUUGACUGGAUGUAAUGUAAAAAGGAUUAAGCACUGUGCAGUAUAUAGUAAGUAUGUCUAAGGAUGGAUAACUUGGGCUUGUUUCGUGCAUCACCAGCCCAUAGAAAUGUCACAGAAGAGGAAAGCAGUAGAUUAUAAUGGUCAGUGGAAUGUUUGUUGAGGUUUUGUUUUGAAAAUGUUGAGUGGGUUCUGUGGGUGCGUGCUGAAUUUCCUGUACUUCUGAGAAUGACUAUGAAAUUAACAGUAAUUUUGUCAAUGAAAUGCACAGUAAUUUUUGUGCACGGUUUUUUUAAAAAAAUUUUUUUUAGCUUUUUAUUUACGCUUAUGUUUUACUUUGGCUAUUGUUGGCAAGGUAAAAGGUCACAUUUAUCCAGGAAUUAUCCAAGUCGUAGUUGUUGCGGAAUAGUAACAUAACACUGGUUUACUUUAUCUUAACAGGUAGUGCUGCUAGCACGUACACACACAUACUCUCUCUGACUUUUCUCAGGUUCUUGGUAGAUGUCCGAGCCUUUCGGACACAGUUUGCACAUCCAUGGGCUACUUAAUGGACUACAUCACAGCUUUCUUUUUCAGGUUUUCUUGCAAGUUGUUCCACGAUCAUUCUGUUACUGCUAUUUAUCAGAUAUGUCACUGUGUCAAUUACUGUUUGAAGAUAACUGCCUGUAUGAACUGUUCUAUGUCUCUUGUAAAUGCUCAAUAACACACAACAAAACAUCCAUAUAUACUUACGUGCUUGAUUAAGCACUGUGUGAUAUGACAAUUAUCUGAUGUCAGAUGUCUGUACAAUGCAACAGAAGCCCACAAUAACGUUUAGACAAAUGCAGCAUAUAGACAUUUACAGAUAUAAUCCUUACUGCUUUAGAUGCAAUCAGUGUGCUUUUGUCAACUUUACCAGAAAGUCCGCUUUUGUGCUUUAAGACAUUACCCAUAAUCCGCAUUGAGCCUCAUAUGUUCCUGUGUCACAUUUCUGAAAUACAUACGAAAAGGGGAUUGUAAGAGCUACACAUUUAUACUUGAGUAUGAAUGCUGUUUUGGACUCCUUAGUACAAGUGGGGAAAAAAUAAUUCAAGCUGUCCAAUAUAGAUUGACUAUUGGAUGUGGU